AACAAACAAUUCUUCCAACUCUAUUUUUUUCGCCAUCAUUGCGAAUGUUUGUUUUAGUAGCUGAUUUUGAAAUACUCAAACUAAAUUUACAAAUAAUGAGAGGACAUGAUUCUUCUUCAAUCACGUGAAUCGAUCUUGAAGAAUAAGAAAAGUAAUUUCGACUUCUUAACAAUACUUCAUAUCGCACUCCUUCUCUCAUUAUUGCCAAAUUCAAUCCUUUCAUUCGGUUUGCCCACCACAGCAGUAGAUUAUGAAACAGACAACUUCAUCGAGUUACGACUCCAUAACAAAUUUUUUGUCGAUAAAAGUUUACUCAUAGAAGAACUUCUACAAUACCAUGGAAGCAUCUAUGCUCAAACCGUCGCCAGGCCCCCCGGUUGGGGUAAAAGUAUCAAUCUUCACAUGUUGGAAAAAUUCUUCGAGAUAGAAGUAGACGAAAAAGGCAACCUCUUACCUAAAGACAAAACCAUCAAUGACAAGCUUUUCUUGGGAGGUACGAUUGCUCCAAGUUCAAAUGAACCCAAACAUCUCGAACCUUUAAGAAUAUCGAAAUCCUCGAACGCCACGAAACAUCUAGGGAAACAUCCAGUUAUAUUACUCAGAUUGAAAAAUGCCACAGGGAAAAAUUACGCAGAAAUGGAAACGAAUUUAAAAGCUUGCGUCGUACAAGCAUUCGAACGUCACAAAUACUUGACGUAUUCCUCGAAAAUUACUAAUAAGGGAAAAUUCGAGAAAUAUUUGAAAGGAGAUUUCCAUUCCAAAGAGCUACAAAAUAGUUUACAUUUCUUAGGAUUAAAGCUUUGGGAGCAUUUCGGCCAAUAUGUGAUCGUAUUAGUUGACGAUUACGAUAUCCCACUGGUCAACGCUUAUUCGGAGUUCAAAAAAGAGGAUUCGCGAGACUCGGACAAAAUUAGGGAGUUGCUCAGGUACAUGCUCAGUGCAGCCAGAAAAAGAACCAGUUCAGGUACUACACCUGCAGACAAUAAUCCAAAUACAACCUUCCGAAAUAGCUUAACUCUUGGUCAAGAUCAAACCCUAAACACAGCUUUCCUCACAGGCGUACUUGAUUUAAUAUUCGAGAAUCUCAAAGAAAAACAUUUUUUUGAAUUCCUCAAAGUGCAUACCCUUUUUGACGCACAGUUCUCGAAAUUCUACGGUUUCACCGACGAAGAAGUGAAACAAUUAUUGACCAAAGUACCCGAAGGACAAGUGAACCCUUACACAAUGAAACUUUAUUACAACGGAUACCCUUAUACGUUCCAACGUCAAGAAAAACUUCAUUUCUACAAAUCGAUCUCGGUAAUGAGGUGUUUAUUCGCAAAAAGAUCAGAAUACCCGCAUUACCCAUUCGAACUGAAUAUCGGCCUAAUUCGCAAUAUUCUUUCAUCGAAUGAAAUGCAAGAAUUUGUGCAAUCGAUGAUCGCGAAUCGUAGCGAAUGGCUGGGCGGUUACCAGUAUACAACUUCGGAAAUACGGAUGAAAAGGACCAUACCCGAUGUGUUAUCCGAUCACCUGACGAUAUUGAUAUUUUACGGAUUCCUAAGUUCUCGUAAACCUAACAUAGCCUCGUACGAUAAUGAUCCUAAUGUUGGAAUACCUAACAUAGAAAUGCGAAGUGUUUACGAAGCCCAUCUAUUCGAAUGGGUGUAUAAUAAAUUCAACACCACUACAGGAAAUUUUCUUGCAUUUAGUAACCUCCUGUACACGGGUAAUAAAACAGAAUUUGCGAAAUCUUUACAAGAAUACAUUUCUAAAGCGAGUGAAUUCAUUCGAAGCAGCGAGUACAAUGCUAAAAUAUCCUACGAUGGUUUCAUGCUGGCUUUGAAGACGUCGAUGACCAAUGCAUCUCACGAAGCGCAGGAUAUAAAAGAAAAUGGAGAUACACGUGACAUAAAUGAUAUUCUUUUGACACCAAGACCGCAUAUGAAAAAAGUUGCCAUAGCUAUUCGCUAUAAAGUGAUCAACGAAGAGAACGAUUUAUCAUCAGUAGCAGAAGCUGAACUUGGACAAAUUAAUCAAGAGUACAUGAACGGGACUGUUUUGGAAACGAUGUAUUAUCCCCGGGUUGAAAAAUGUUUCAAAAUAGGGAUUGCCUUUUGUGGCGAUAAGGUUGAGGUACGAUUUGAGAUUAGUGAAAAAAAGAAUCUCACAAAGACCUUAGACUGAAUUUGCAAAUCUAGUCCAAUUUAAACUUUUUAAUUUGAUUUUUCUGUAUUCAUGUAAUCCUAAAAAUACUUUGUGAGUUGUGAUUA